AUGAAGGUGGCGAUCACAGGCGCUUUCAGCUACUCUGGCCGCUAUCUCGCCAAGCUCCUCCUGGACGCAGGGCACACGGUUGUUUCUCUGUCGAGCCGCUUUGCACCGAUCGCCGCUGCGCCCCUGACGAGUCAGGAAGUGAGCCGAGUGGAGAAGCAUCCCCUGGACUUUGAUGAUGAGAAGCGUCUAGGGGCAGCCCUGGAGGGAUGUUGCGUGCUGUGGUGUACAUACUGGAUCCGCUUCGAGCGCAACGGCGACACCUUCGCGGCUGCAGCAGACAGAUGUGCGCGCCUGUUUGAGAUAGCGCGUCAAGCCGGUGUGCGCCGCAUCGUUUACACUUCGCAUACCCACGCCACAGAGGACUCGCCCUUCGUCUACAUCGCUGGCAAGGCCCGCGCGGCAUCUGCCUUGCGAGCGUCUGGCGUGGCUUCCUACGCCAUCGCCCGCCCUUGCGGCAUCUUUGGCGACACCGCCGGGGAGUCGAUUCUCAUGAAUAACGCGGCGUGGGUGUUGAGGCGAGCCCCGCUCUUCCUCCUAGCCGGGGAUGGCCAGCAGCGCUUCCAGCCGAUCCACGUCCGUGACAUGGCACAGCUGCUCCUGGAGCUGGGCGCACUGGAGAACGAAGGGGCGCCCAGCGAAGAGCGCGAUGCAUGUGGCCCAGACAAGCCGACAGCGGUCGACUUGUUUCAGCACAUCGCCUCUUGCGUUCAUUCGCGGGCCGUGGUUUCCGCGCCCGGGAUGCUUUCGACAAGGCUUGUCACCCAGAUGACGAAGCCCAUCAACUGGUACACCGGAGAUGUCAUCUUGGACACAGAUGAUCUUGAUCUCCUCUGCUCUGGUCUCACGCAGGCGGAAGUUCCGGAGGACCCGGCCAUCUCAAGGCGUCGGAGCCUGUUCACCUGGCUGGAGGACGUGGGCCCUCACUUGGGAAACGAGUACAUCUCUUCGAUGCAGCGCUACUACUACCAGCGAGCCUAG